AUGAUUGUACAUCUAUAUAAGUCUUUCUUUUUCUUUCUUUUUCAUUCUUUCUGCUUCUGUUUCUUUUUUGUUUCCUUUUUCUUUUUUUUCAUUCUUUCUGCUUCUGUUUCUUUAUUGUUUACUUUUUCUUUCUUUUUCAUUCUUUCUGUUUCUUUUUUCUUUCUUUUUUCUUUCUUUUUCAUUCUUUCUGCUUCUGUUUCUUUUUUCUUUCUUUUUUCUUUCUUUUUCAUUCUUUAUGCUUCUGUUUCUUUUUUGUUUCCUUUUUCUUUCUUUUUCAUUCUUUAUGCUUCUGUUUCUUUUUUGUUUCCUUUUUCUUUCUUUUUCAAUUGUUUUUUCUGUUUCUUUUUUGUUUCCUUUUCCUUUUUUUGUUUUUUCAUUUCUGUUUCUUUUUUGUUUCCUUUUCCUUUCGUUUAUUGUUCUUUCAUUUCUGUUUCUUUUUUUGGUUCCUUUCUUUUUUUGUUUUUUUGUUCUUUCUGUUUCUUUUUAGUUUCCAUUUUCUUUCUUUUUCAUUAUUUCUUUUUUCUUUUAUCUUUUUCAUGCUUCCUGUUCGUUUUCCUUCUUUCUUUCUUUUUUCAUUUUAGUUUUUCUUUCUUUUGA